UACUAUCAGAUCUAUACUGUUAAAAUGUUUUGAUAACACUCGAUUUUCUUCAUUCCAUAGAUUAUUCCCAAACAUCUGGCCAGGGCUAUGGGUCCUAUGGCGGAGGUGGAGGUAGUGGAGGUGGUGGUGCUAACCAGGGCUAUGGUCAGUCUUCUGGACAGAGCUACAGCCAGCAGGGCUACGGGGGCUAUAACCAGAGCUCUGACAGCAGCCCCGGCUCCUACAGCCAGGGAGGAUUUGGCAGCUAUGGUCAAUCCCAGUCAGGAUACAGUUCUCCACCCUCUAACCAGGGUGGUGGUGGUGGUUAUAAUCAGUCCUAUAGCCCUGGAGGCUAUAACAGCAACCCGCCCUCCAACAUGAGCUACAACCAGCAGUCAUCCUUCUCUGGGUACAGCCAGCAGCAGCCUCCUUCUUCAUCCUCCGCAGGCUAUGAAGGUAACCCGCAGGCCUCUGGCUACAACCAGCCACCGAGCGGUGGACAGAGUGGAGGUGGUUACGGCAGCGGUGGAGGUCAGACUGGUGGCUAUGGGGGCAGCGGGAGCCACCAACAAUCAUCCCAACACGGAGGAGGUCACUACAACCAGCCUUCGAGCUACAACUCGCCCCCUCCGCAGAGCUACAGUCAGCAGAGCCAGUAUGGUCAAGGUGGAGGAUAUGGAGACGAAAGCCCACCGAUGAGCGGAGGAGGAGGAGGAGGUGGAGGGUACACUGGUCCCGAUGGAGGUUACGGAGGUCAGGAUGGCCGCGGUGGCAGGGGACGCGGGGGUGGAUUUGGAGGUCGCGGUGGUGGCGGAUAUGAUCGUGGUUUUGACCGAGGUGGCCGAGGUGGUCCAAGAGGAAGAGGAGGCAUGGGAAUGGGCGAUCGUGGAGGAUUCAAUAAGUUUGGUGGACCAAGAGAGCCGGGACAUGGACAUGGAGGACCCAGCUUCAUGCAAGACCAGGAUAACUCUGAUAAUAACACUAUCUUCGUGCAAGGCCUGGGAGACGACUACACUGUUGAAUCAGUGGCAGACUUUUUUAAGCAGAUUGGGAUCAUUAAGAUCAACAAGAAGACCGGCCUGCCCAUGAUCAACCUGUACACAGACCGAGAGACAGGGAAGCUGAAGGGGGAGGCUACCGUGUCCUUUGAUGACCCCCCCUCAGCUAAGGCUGCCAUCGACUGGUUUGAUGGUAAGGACUUCAAUGGAAAUCCUAUCAAGGUGUCUUUUGCCACCCGCAGAGCCGACUUCGGAGGCCGAGGUGGCAUGAGGGGAGGACGAGGAGGACGAGGAGGGCCAAUGGGUCGUGGUGGAUUCGGGGGGGGUCGAGGUGGAGGUUUCCCAGGAGGCAACGGAGGCAAUGGGGGCAACGGGGGCAACGGGGGCAAUGGGGGCGGUGGAGGAGGACAACAGAGAGCUGGAGACUGGAAGUGUUCGAACCCCAACUGUGGCAACCUGAACUUCUCGUGGCGUAAUGAGUGUAACCAGUGCAAGGCCCCGAAACCUGAGGAUGCUGGUGGGAUGUCCCCAAUGGAAAGAGGGGUGACCACAGACAGGAGCGGCGGGGCCGUCCCUACUAAAUCAUCCUCCAUAGGACAAAGUCUCCCCUGUCCCACCUCCAGUAGAAAGACCAGUGUGUGUCCCCUGUCCAUACACCUUCCACCUUUUAUAUUAAUCUGUUAACUUUGUUCCUUUACAUUGUGUGUAGAAAAAUGUGACUAUCCCUAUUUUUGUGUUUGCUCUUGUUCAUGUGACUCGUUGACAUCUAUCCACAGUUCCUUCUUCUGCUCAGUGAGGUCUCAUUGCACACAACUCUACAACUUAAAGCUGGGGUAGGCCGUUUUUGUGUGUGUCAUUGGGCAAACCUCUAUAAUAACCUUUCAUAAUUUUGUAAUUCAAAUGUUCUGAGAAAAACUGGACUUCUAUGCUUUGUUUUCAGGCUUUAGAAAAUUUGGCCCAUGGAAAAAAAGAAGUCUAAAAGAGAGUCGCUAAUAGGUUAGCAUUCUGCUAACCGUAGACAAAGGCCCACAGCUGCAGCUAAUUUAAGCUAAUGUUUUUGAAGCUAGCUACUGUAUAACCUAGAAUCACAGUAUGUCAUAUCAAAGGGCUUUACAAAGAAAACAGUACAGUAAUUCUCAUAGAAUUGUUGCUAGAUAACAACAUUCAUCAGGAUGAAGUUAGUCUUGCUAUCUCCACAGCGUCUCCAAUAGUGGAGAUAGCAGGAGGGGCAGGCUUUAUGCCUGCAAUGUGAGGACAAAGCUGCAGAAGGAGGGCUGGAUAUUCACAUUCUGCUGAUUUUUGUGUGUGUGCCUUUUCCAGAAAACUGCCUACCCCAGCUUUAACACAAUCUUUCAGAAACGUUUCAGACAAGUCCAGUUUAACCAUGUUAAACCACUUACUACAUCUGCAGGGAGAUUAUGUUUCAGGUCUCAUUUCAGUCUCAGCUUUAAAAGAAAUGUACGGAAAAUUCUUCUCUUUGUUGUGGAUUCAUUAACGUUUUAAAAGGAAUUCCUAACAUUGUAAAAUAAUAAAUGUGUCAACAUUAUUAUUAAUUUCUCAUGACCUGCUGUACUUGCAGGAACUAAACAAAUCUGGCACUUGUAUCCUAUAACUAUAGUACAUUUUGUGAAUAUAAACAUUUACUAAUGUAUUAUUAAAAUCUAGAAGAUUGAAGCUGUUGUUCUAGUUUGGAAAUGGAAACAAAAGUGAAUGUUGCUUUUAACAUCAGAACUUGUACUACUGUUAACAUAGAGAACAGAUUAAAAGUAAUGGAUGAUUAUAACUUUAUGUUUUAUACAUGUUUUUUGUGUUUUCACUUAAAACAUGUCUGAUAGCUCGUGUUGUAAAUGUGUAGCUGUCACUGUUGCUGCAUGCUUAAAUGUCAGCUGUGGAAACAAGUUAAGCUGGUGCUGCAAUGGUUUACAGUCAAGAUAACCAAACCAGAAAAUCUGUUUGCUUUUUACGGUCAGUGAUUCAUGUGUGACUUCAGUCACUUGGCAAAAACUAAUUAAAAACUAAUUAAACUCAUUGCAACCAUCACAUUGAAUACCAGUACUAUACGAGAUGCCAACAUUUGUUCUCACAAGAUUUAAUAACACAGUACACUCUCUGGUUUUAAAUAUUAAGUAUGUCAUGAGAAAAGAGCUUAAGAUUAUGAUGAAGUAAAAUCCUCUUUUGUUAAUGAGCCAACAUGUCUCUGCAGAUGUAUUUAACAUGUUUUUGUUGAGACAGAACUCAACUAGUGUAUUUAUUAUUUAUGAAUUUUUGUAUUGUGCAUGUGCUGGUUUUCAAAUGAAGGAGUUUCUUAAAAU